GACCAAUCAAAAUUAGUGAAUGCACUGCAUCUCUCUGCAGUGGAGAGAAGCGACAAGAUGCUUAUUGAUUCCACAGUAGGAAGAGUGAGAGACUGCAGCAGCCUCUAAGCAGCACUACAUGUUCCAUACAUUAGCAGUACUGCUGAAACAAUGGCACACUACAGACACAUAUUUUCAUUAAGGUCAUUUUCGAAGAGAUGUUUAUGACCCUCUUCCCCCAGUCCUCUACUAACAAGUGAACAAAAUGAAUCAAUCCAAACUGGAAAUGCUUCAACUACAUCAAGAAUUUAUCAAAUCUUUAGCAGAGGACCGAUAACAGCUAAUUCAGUAUUUACAACUGACAAUAUGAAGAAUGCAAUUGACUGAGCAUCUCCCUAGCUGUCUGAACUACGAACUACAAGAUGUUCCUGUAACACGACUUAAGACAUUAAGGAGUUAAAACCAGGGAACAGGUCUACAUUACUGUUGGAAUAUAAAAAAUCAACUGUAUCCUAGGAAGAUGCUACAUAAAAUAACCACAAAAAGAAAAACAAUAUAACUGUAAAAGCCCAAAAAGAACUGGUGAGCAUUUUAAAAAUGGAAGUUUAUACUUUAACAUACCAGAAUUGUGGAAGCUACUGAUUCUGGAAGAAAUAAUGAAACAUGAAUUUCCAAAAAGAAAAUAGCAUACUUGACCAGCAAACAAAAGGAAGAUUUAGCAAGUGUCUUCUGCACUAAAUAUUCAGAUAUUCAUAUCAAUUGAUACGACUAAUGGAUUUUUCUGACUUUUAUGACCAAUCAUGUAUCCUCAUCUAAUGAAAACAAACCAAAUUAAAUAGCAGAUGGUUUUUAUCAAAAGGGCAUGGCCUGGAUUUAUAAUAUAAAGCAAGUUAUGUGAUCAAGAAAGCAUUUCAAAAUAGUGAGGACUGCUAUAAAAACAGUUUACAAUUGUAACAAAAGGAUGUUUAAAUAUAUUUUAGAAGCUACAAACCUUAAGUUCCCUUUUUUGUUUUCACAUAUUCUGGAACAUAAAGAGACAUUCUCAUGUACACCACCAAAGGGAAACAUAAUUCCUAUCAUCCGAGGAAGUUUCUCUUGGUCAUGACUUUUUAAAGCAAAACAAAUAAAAUAUUAUGUACUGUUCUUUAGAAAUCUGUCAGCCAACUAAAUCUCAUAAUGCAAGCAGUUGAAGUACUGGAGAGAAAAUGAAAGAAUUCCUACAAGACAUGAAAUAAAUCACAGCUACUUCACUGUUGUCAGGGAAAAAACCAACUGCUCCAAAAGAAUGUGCUUUUCUCCCAUUCUGGAAAUCAACAUGCAGUCUGAAUCUAACAUUACAGUGCGAGAUGACAUUGAUGACAUCAACACCAAUAUGUACCAACCACUAUCAUAUCCGUUAAGCUUUCAAGUGUCUCUCACCGGAUUUCUUAUGUUAGAAAUUGUGUUGGGACUUGGCAGCAACCUCACCGUAUUGGUACUUUACUGCAUGAAAUCCAACUUAAUCAACUCUGUCAGUAACAUUAUUACGAUGAACCUUCAUGUACUUGAUGUAAUAAUUUGUGUGGGAUGUAUUCCUCUAACUAUAGUUAUCCUUCUGCUUUCACUGGAGAGUAACACUGCUCUCAUCUGCUGUUUCCAUGAGGCUUGUGUGUCUUUUGCAAGUGUCUCAACAGCAAUCAACGUUUUUGCUAUCACUUUGGACAGAUACGACAUCUCUGUGAAACCUGCAAACCGAAUUCUGACAAUGGGCAGAGCUGUAAUGUUAAUGACAUCCAUUUGGAUUUUUUCUUUUUUCUCUUUCCUGAUUCCUUUUAUUGAGGUAAAUUUUUUCAGUCUUCAAAGAGGAAAUACAUGGGAAAACAAGACACUUUUAUGUGUCAGUACAAAUGAAUACUACACUGAACUGGGAAUGUAUUAUCACCUGUUAGUACAGAUCCCAAUAUUCUUUUUCACUGUUGUAGUAAUGCUAAUCACAUAUACCAAAAUACUUCAGGCUCUUAAUAUUCGAAUAGGCACAAGAUUUUCAACAGGGCAGAAGAAGAAAGCAAGAAAGAAAAAGACAAUUUCUCUAACCACACAACACGAGGCUACAGACAUGUCACAAAGCAGUGGUGGGAGAAAUGUAGUCUUUGGUGUAAGAACUUCAGUUUCUGUAAUAAUUGCCCUCCGGCGAGCUGUGAAACGACACCGUGAACGACGAGAAAGACAAAAAAGAGUCUUCAAGAUGUCUUUAUUGAUUAUUUCUACAUUUCUUCUCUGCUGGACACCAAUUUCUGUUUUAAAUACUACCAUUUUAUGUUUAGGCCCAAGUGACCUUUUAGUAAAAUUAAGAUUGUGUUUUUUAGUCAUGGCUUAUGGAACAACUAUAUUUCACCCUCUAUUAUAUGCAUUCACUAGACAAAAAUUUCAAAAGGUCUUGAAAAGUAAAAUGAAAAAGCGAGUUGUUUCCAUAGUAGAAGCUGAUCCCCUGCCUAAUAACGCUGUAAUACACAACUCUUGGAUAGAUCCUAAAAGAAACAAAAAAAUUACCUUUGAAGACAGUGAAAUAAGAGAGAAAUGUUUAGUACCUCAGGUUGUCACAGACUAGAGAAAAGUCUAAGUUUCACCAAAUCCACAUUCAAAUGAGUUUUAAAUUUAAAUUGUAAAAACUGAUAUUACUGCCAAAUAGAAGAAAUAUUUUAAGUAUUGAUUAUGUUGUAAAUUUUCAAUGUGAAUGUCAAUUAGAUUAGGUCAUAUAUAUCCAACUUCUUCAUUACUUAAUGUAUUUGUUGCAUGGCAGUUUGUUAAGGUACUAUCAUGUGUACAUUUUGUCAAUAUUAUGUCCAACAGAAAAUAUUCAUGUAAGUCAUAUUUUCUAAAGAAUAAAUACAUAGCCUU